CUUUUGUACCUGUAUAUCUAGAUUAAACCCUCGGUAUAUCAUCGUGGUAUUGAAUCAAUUGGAGGAUCAACUUGUUUUAUUACAAGAAAACAAUCUUUUUGUUUCUUGGAAGACAUCUUAAGAUAGACCAAAAAUCAAUUUUUAUAAGUAUACUGAGAGAAAAGGUAUCUAAAAGAAGUUAGCAUUUAUUUGUAGGCAAUAAGCAUUUAUGCAAAUGAAAAUUUGUAUUAUUUAGACGCCUAGAACGGCGGGACCUUCUCUUAUCAGUUAUUCGACAGCUGAUCUGCGACAAUCGAAUUAUGGGGACACGUCAUGACACGAGAGCGGGAGAACCCGAUCUGCUAUUAUCAAGCGCAUUAACAUUAACCGAUUGCGAGCGUCGUUAGCUGGUCGCGAUCCGGACGAACUUGGUCGGCGCGACUCGACGAGCCUUUCAGUAGAGCUUAAUUCCUCGUCUGAUACGCCGCUCGUCUCUUCGGCCGUUCCUUCGACUCGCUCGUUCUCUUUUUGACACUAACAUUUAUCCGUAACAAAUGGUCCCGAGCGCUCUUCGUCUCGUCUGGGUCUUUGAGAUAGCCGUCACCUUCCGCAUAGGAGUCCCCAGCAACCGAAUCGUGGAUCAUUUCACGUACGCUCCGAGGAGCGGUAAUGAAACGGAAAAUGGAAACGAAGACGUUCAAUGGGAGUUCCUCGUGAUCGGCAGGCGAGUGUCCUGGAACGAGGCGCAGGCAAUCUGUCCCAUUUACGAACAUCUAAAUCCGCUUACGGCUUCCGACGAGGAAAUGGGACACGACGCCCCGCCGGAUCCUCUAACGCGCGAAGCGGAAACGGAUACCGGAAGCACGUUGGCCGUGCUGGAUGUCGACACGAAGGAUUGGCUCGCGCGAAUGGUGUCCGAGUCGAACUACCGAUACGACGGCCUCUGGAUAGGAGGACGGAGGAAAGACUCCGCCAGCGCCUGGAGCUGGAUCGAUACGCGUAAAGGAGGGGAGACGUUGAUACUGGACUCGCUGAUGAUCAUGGACCACUCUGCGUGGUACAUCGGGGAUGAUCACAGCAGCGGCGAGAAGAAUUGUCUCAUGUUCGACAGAUUGGGCCACGACUCGCCCCUUCUCGUUCCGGAGGAUUGCCGGCAUCGGAAGCCCUUCGUCUGCAUGAGAGCUAGAAAAAGGGAGGCGAAGGAGAAGAUUGUCGAAGGCAGCAGCGUCUUUGCGGACGGUCAGCGAUACACACUGUAUCAAAUCCUCGAUGAAGAUGAGGCUGAAGAGGAUCUCCGAACGGAGGGAGUGCGAAAAGUCGACGGAGGUGGCAUCGCAUGGAGGGACGCGAGAUUGGAGUGUAAGAAGAGGAAGAAGCAACUCGCUAUGAUUUUCACGAACGAGGCAGCCAUCGUCGUGGCGAACGCAAUGCUGAAGAGCAGGCCAUCGAUAGAGAGCGUGUGGCUAGACGGUCGCAGCGUGGACGGUACGGAUUGGACGUGGACUUCGUCGGGAUUCGCGUUGUCGUCGAAAAAGUCGAACGUCACCUCGUAUCCGCCUUGGUCGAACGGUCAUCCUGCGCCACCGUCGGAAAACGACUCAUAUCGGAGGGGAAGAUGUCUGAUCCUCGACAGGCAUCUCUGCGCGAAGCACACAACUCCGGCCUUCCUCGACUUGGAUUGCGAGAAGAAGCGGCCUUUUGUUUGCCAGGACGCGAUGCCAGAACGCAGGAUGAUGGAAAACGCAGCAAGAAGCGUGUUAUUGAACGAUAAGAGAUUAAUAUUUUCAUUCGCCAGGAUGACGUGGAAGCAGGGAGAAGCUUACUGUCGGAAAAGAUCCGGCCGUGUAGCCAGCAUACUAGACGCGAAGACUUUAACUGCUGUAUUAGAGAAAAUGACAGAAUUAGCGUUAGAUCACACCUGGAUAGGCGGUCACACGGUCUUGUCCGAGGACGGUUGGAGAUGGGUGGACGAGAACGGCGAAGUCUUGUCGAAGAACGCGAUCAGCACCGGCACUUCCUGGUGUUUUGACGAGGAUGACGGUUCCUGGCCUUACGCCGACCGCGAGAUUUGUUUGAAUUUGGAUCGUGAGGGUCAUGACAUGGCUCUGUUUUACGGGCUGCCCUGCAAUACGACCAGUCAGUAUGUUCUUUGUAAUUUACUCGCGCUUGAAAGCACGCAGUCAGUAUCCGCGACGAUAAAUGAGACGACGACGACAACAACGAAUGAGAUCGAGGUCGAAAAAAGCAUCGAUGUUCAAGAGCAAGCUACGGAUCUAGCAGGAAGAAUACGUAAAUUGGCAAAGGACGAGCGAUCCGGUCUGCUCUUCGUUAUGGACGACAGCCUGAGCGUGCUGAACGCGUGGUUUGCCGAGGAGAUGAAGCUAGCCGCCACCGUUAUUCGGCGAUAUUUUCCGUUGUCGCGCGAUCAUCCGAUGGGCUUGAUCACUUUCUCGGAAAACACAAUGGUAGCCCUCACCUUGAAUCAGACGAAUACUUGCAAUGUUCUCUCGACGUUAUCUAAGGACAUGCUCGCGAAUCGCGCGACUCGCAUUAGCGAGGAUCUCGAUGGUGUAGCCGGAAAAACUACGGAUUUGAUUAACGCGGCCUUCGUGUCGGCGAACGUCGUUCGCGCUUCAGGCAUGCAACGAGUCAUCGUAGUUUUCGUGACGGACGGAGAACACAUCGCCGAAGAAAAGGAUAAAGAGAAUCUGCGAGCCGCCGUGGAAAAGUUGCAAAAUCUGCGAAACGACAGCCACGAAGUAUUCGCAAUUGUUAUCAGCCAAGGCCAGAAACACGCAGCGGACUAUAAUGUCAUUGAACAUCUGUUUUCCACAUCUUUGAAGGGAGAACGGAAUCUUUACUUCGUUGAAGAUUACAAUGGAUUAGCACAAAUGAAUGUUGCGCUGAAUUCAACAGGCAAAGAGGAUUAUGCCGUGAAAUGCGGAGAAAUUCAGUGGACUAUCCCAAAGGAUAACGAACUGUUGGCUCAUCUACUACUAUCGAAGAAGUAGUCACGUUCCAUGUAGUUAUAAAUAUUUGAACUUUAGAAUAUACCCAAAGUAAUUAUUACGGUAUUAUUAUAUUCGGAGUAUAUAUUCGUCUUAAAGCUGUAAAAUUUAUACAUAAGGUAGUAUAGAAUUAAAAGAAUAAAAUCAAAUUUC